UAGGCACACUUGUCGCUAGCGGCGCACUUGACAAUGCGUCUACUCGUCAAAUGUGAUUAAUUUCAGCUGUGGACAUCUUUAAUGCAGGAAAACCGGCCGCUUGACAAGUACAGAGGCUCACAUCCGGGAUUCCCAUGUGCUGCGAACUUUACAGAGUGGUUCAAUGCGACUUUUAUCCUUUCUGAACGACCACCGCAACCGUUGCUUGUGUUAACGUGACUUUACUGUGGCUCCUAGUUUUCUAGCUACAGGCCUAUGUCUUAGUCUAACGGCACUAUAACUAUCUGGACUGGUUGUGGACCCUGGCUACAGAAGUGUCCAGCCCACCACCACCACCAUCAUGGCCUCUGCCACCUCGACCCCCGCGGCCACCGCAUCCAGCGGCCGCUCCAGCCGCUCCGUGAGCCGCUCCGCCGGACGCAGCGUAGCCGCUGCCGCCGCCGCCGGCCAGGCCACAUCCAGCACCAGCCCGACCCGGCUGUCCCGUAUCCAGGAGAAAGAUAACCUCCGACACCUCAACGACCGCCUCGCCAACUACAUCCAGCGGGUCCAAGAGCUGGAGAGUGAACGGUCUUCCAUACUGUUUCAGCUGGAAGAAAAGGAUGACUCGAAAAGCCGGGAGAUGGGCAACGUGCGGCGGCUGUACGAGGAGGAGUUGGCCGAUGUCAGGAAGUCUCUGGACGGAUUGGCCGGAGAGAAGGCCCGCUUGCAGAUCGACUGUGGAAAUCUCUGCGAGGAGAACCGAAAACUUCAAGCCAGGAACCAGAAGAAGGAGAGCGAGUUGGCGAACGUGUUGGCCCAGUGGAGGAAAGUGGAGGCGAUGCUGAGCUCCAAGGACGCCGAGUACACCAAGCUGCUGUCUGAGAACCGGAGACUCGUUGACGAAGUGGCCGACCUGCAGGAGCAUCUAGAAUAUGCAGAAGGCGUACUGAGUGAGACAAAGAACCAGCUGAACUGUGAGAUCCUGAGGAAGGUGGACAUGGAGAACCAGGUGCAAACGCUCAAAGAGCAGCUGGAACUCCAGAGGAACAUCAGUGAGCAGGAGGUCUUGGAGAUCCGAACCCGACAGGACAGUCGUCUGGUGGAGGUGGACUCGGUACAGCGGAGAGAGUUUGAGAGUAAACUGUCGGAGACGAUUCAGCAACUCCGCCACGACCACGAGUGUCAGCUGCAGCAGUACAAAGAGGAGCUCGACAGGACGUUCAGCUCAAAGUUGCAGAAUGCCCAGCAGGCUGCAUUGGAGAAGAACCAGGUUGCUUCAGCCACCAGAGAUGAACUGGAAACCACCAAUCUCCGAGUGGAGAGCCUCAGCUCCCAGCUCCAGCAGUACCAGAAAGAUAAAGCGGCGCUGGAGGGCCGCUGCCAGGAUCUGGAGCGGACUCUGGACCGGGAGCGUGAGGUCUGGCAGCACCGGCUGGAUCAGAAGGAGCAGGAGCAGCUGAGCAUGAGGACCCAGAUGUUCGCCCAGCUGGAAGACUACGAGAACCUGCUGGAUGUCAAGCUGGCCCUAGACAUGGAGAUCAACGCCUACAGGAAGAUGCUGGAGGUGGAGGAGCAGAGAUUGCAUCUGUCACCCAGCCCCUCGCAGCAUGCGGCCAUACCUCGAACACAUGAACACAGCAGCCGCAAGCUCCGGGGGAAGAAACGCAAGUACGAGGGAGCCUCUGGCAGCUCGCCGGCCUACAAGAUGGCCAGUCGCUCCAUGGAGAGCGGCGCUGUGAGCGUGACACAGGUCGACGCGGACGGAAAAUACGUCCGGCUGAAGAACAACUCUGAGACGGAGCAGGCGCUGGGUGGUUGGGUAGUCCGGAGGUUGUACCCCGGUUCUGGGGACCUCUCCUUCCAUAUCCCCCCCUCCUGUGUCCUGGCUGCUGGGCAGACACUCACAAUCUGGGCAGCAGGUGCCGAGGAGGAGGCUGAUCCUGAGGACCUGGUUCUGCAAGGCCACACCAGCUGGGGCCCCGUCACUGACAUCAGGGUGAUUCUUCUGAACCCCAACCAAGAGGAAGUAGCAGAGCGCAGGGUGUGUAUGCAGCACAGGGGUGAGGAGGACACUGAAUUGGAGUUUGACGAAGAAUAUGUGGCGGGCAGUGAUAUCCAGCACUUUCGGAGACAGGAUCUAUCUAAGGAGGCGAGCUGUGCUGUCAUGUGAUUUCUGCUGUGCGCCUGGAAAACAUGGAGCGGCUCUGGAGGAUAAAACUUCUGCUGCUGUCUCAUACAAAAAAACUGGACUCUGACAAACUGCAGUGGGACAUUGAGUUGUUAGUGUGACUGUGACCAGCUCCGAGGCCUUAGAGCAACAGUAUCCACCUCAGUUUUCCUCACGUUUCAUCGCUCUAACUGCACAAGAUAUGAACUAUGCCUUGAUUUCAUUUUAAUUGAGUGUGCGUGUGUGCCUGUGUGUUUUAUAUAAAACCUGUUGGCAUAAUAGUUAUGCUAACCAGUUUUAUAUUGUAUUGACAUAAAUUAAUAAAGUUAUAAAUGCUGUU